AAAUGAAGGUCAGUAACUCUUUAAAUGUAUUCUCAAGUGCAGCCUCCAAAACCAUCAAAUGCUAUGAUAAAACAAGCUCUCAUUAGGACCAUCCCAACAAUUUGUUUUAGAUGGAGCGUGAUAGAGGGCUGCAACACAUGACCUGGCCUUUACAGUCACCCGAUCUAAAAAUUUGUGAUGGUUUGGGAUGAGUUGGAUUGGAAAGUGAAGGAAAAGCAGCCAACAAGCACUCAACAACACUCCUGGGGUCAUCUUUAAGAUGAUAGAAACCCAUUCCAGUCUCUUCAAUCUGACUGAUCCUGCGGAGGCUGUAACACAUCAAAGAGGGCUCGUGUGCUUCCCGCUGUCUCUCCCCCUGCAACCUGUCGCGUGGGGAUUUUUCCACCAGAAAAGCGUUACGGGAUUUGAACUGUAACGGAAAAAUAACCGUUAAGGAUUUUUAAUUGUAACGGAAAUCCGGUGUAGGCUGUGAAUACUGAAUGGUGUGGAGAGAAGGAGAGAAAGAGAGAGAGAGAGACCCCGCGCUGUUCAACUGAGGUGUCUUGAGGUCACACACAUGAUGACCAGUCAGACGUUUCCCUGCUUAGUUGGCUUCCCUUACCUGUAAAUCAGAGCCACAUCCUGCACAGACAGGAAGUGUGUUGUGUAAAAUGUCAGCGUGCAGCGAGUUUGCAGAGCACGUGUGGAAACCGGGAUCUUGUAAAAACUGCUUCCACCCACGUAGUGCCCACACUAAAGGCAGGAAAAACUUGUGCAGGGACGAAGAGGAGGAUGAAGUCGCUUUGGCUUCGCCUUACAUCAAGCCCACUAUUGCCGUAAAGCCCACAAUGAUGAAUUUGGACACAACCGAAACAGCAGCAGAGUUUACCAUAAACACACAGAAGGUCCAGAAGAGUCCAAUUGGACUGAAAAAUGUUCUGGAUCUUUCAUCACUCUACAUUGACAGUAACUGCUGCAGUAAAGCUCUGAAAGAUGCGGUGCUGCAGAGCGGCAUUUCCACAAAGCUGGAUUAUUCCAGCAGGACUCCUGUUUCUCCAAAAGCACCGCCCACCACAGGCUGUGUGUUUAUCAUGCAGGAGGAAUGCUGCAGUCCUAUUGGUCUUAAAGAGAACUUGAGUCCACAGGUGGCAAAAACAUCCAAGUGCACUUAUAUCGCUUCCUGUAAUUCACAUUUACAUCAUAACAAACAGGAAGUGCAGGCAAUAACAAACACAGCUCCAGGAAAUAUAAAUAGGACUGUUAAUGGUGCAUCAGCAGAGACCCUUAGUGUUCUUUCAUCACCCUCAGUAACCCCAGAAUCCCAUAAUAAUCCCAGUCUGUCGGAUUUGUUUUCACACUGCAGUAGUACAGACUCACUGACUAGUCUCACCACGCACCAAUCAGAGCCCAUCUAUGCUGAGAGCUCAAAACGGAAGUGCCGUCUUCGCCAGAACACUGGCACUAUUACUGAGGCCAGUGACGACGGGGAAGGUCAAAGAACGACCAUCACAGUCAUGGCCGCGCACACUGAGGAGAACAACUGCACCUUUUACCUGAGCAGCCCCGAUUCUGCUGUUAGCACCCAGUGGCUCCAUUUUAGCCCCACGACCCCGGAGGACCCAUCCAGCCCUGUCUUCAAUUGGCCACCUUCUCCAUCUGUCAUGGGAAUGACCCCAUUGUCCCCGGACCUGUCCAUGCAGACCGAGACCAAAGUCAGCCCACCCAUUCCUCCCAAAAGAAACUCACGGUCUCCAAAACUCGGCACAUCCAGUUUGUCUCCUCUUCCUGAACUUAACCUCCAUGUGACUCCACCCCUGAAACUGUUUCAGAGUGAUGCCCACUCCUCCUGCCCAGUACUGAGCAGUUUGUGGAGCUCGGAGCCUCAAGCCGAGGAGGAGAAAAGGGAGGAGGAGAAGUGUAAAACAGAAAGAGAAUGGAAAGACAAGUGUGACUCUUCGCCUGGCACCAACGAGAGAAACAACAGUCCCAGUGAGAAACAAGUGGAGAUGAAAACUGAUGGCAGUAGCAGCAGCAGUGAGCCAAGACCUCCAUUGCCUCCGCCCAAAAAACACCACCGCUCCUGUGCUAAGCUCAGUGUGAGCAGUAUGGAAUUGGAUCAGAGAGGAUCAGUGGAGUCACUCCCUCACUCACUGAAGGAAAUGCACACGGCCUCUUCAGAUAGCCUGCCGUCUCUGUCCGAUUCUGUUGUUCUGGAGUCGACUCAGCGCUCCUGCCCUGCCCUGUUCCCAAGUCCAAAUCUCUGUCCCCCGCCAUUACCGGAGAAAAAACUCCUGAGCCGCACCACGUCCUCCGACACAGAGACUAAAGUCAAAGGUCGUGGAGUCACUUCCGGUUCUUCUCCUCAGCUCUCAUAUUCGUCCUCAGCGUCUCUGCAGACCCUGCUGAACAGCGGGGCAAGUCGAGAGUGUGUGUACGCACGGCUGGGCGGACUAUACGGCGAGUGUGUGCGCCGCUUGUCGCUGAAGUGCGAAGAGCGUUUUACACACAUGCAGAAACGCACACACCGUUUCUUCAACGAGCACGAGUGGAGUCUGUUCAAGCUGAACUGCAGCCGUGCCGUGUGCGUGACCAGGGACGCCGCAUACUACCCUGCCUCCUGCUCCUCUGACACACAUACACCUUACGCUGUCAAGAUCUGUAAAGGCCGUAACCCGGAAGUGAGGCGGUCUCACCUGUUCGGUCUUUCUGUGCAGCAGUCGAUCCCUCCCCACUUUAACCUGCAGCAGGACUGCGGUCACUUCCUCGCCUGUGUCCCUCAGAGCAUGCUCCCUGACAACGAAGAGACUCUAACCCCAUCUUCUUCCUCACCGGGUCCCACCCCCACGGAUCAGCAGGAGCGUGUGGUGGUGAUCACACGUGACAUUCCUUGUCAGAGUGUGGCAGACUUUGUGAGCGAGUAUCAGUCAUUCCAUCGCUCGAAUCCCGAGGUGUACGAGCGGCGGGUGUGUUUCCUUCUGUUGCAGCUGUGUAAUGCUCUCGAGCACUUUAAAGCCCACGGCGUCACUCACCGUGACCUCUGCCUUGAAAACAUGCUCCUGGUGCCCCAGAAGCGACCUCAGACAGCCGACCCCACCCCUCAUGAGCCACUGCCUCGCCUCUUAAUUAGCAACUUCUCCAAAGCGAAGCGACGUUGUGAGACGGACGAGAAGCAGCGAACCGAGCUCACUCGCAUGGCGCCCGAGAUCGUCUCUGCUUCUCAGUACCGCAAAGUGGACGAGUUCCAGACGGGUAUCCUGAUCUACGAGAUGCUGCACCUGCCCAAUCCUUUCGAGGCCGUCCCAUCACUGCGAAAUCGCCAUUACUGCAUCGAGGAGCUUCCCUCCAUCCCCUCCGUUUCCAUCUACUCAUCUGGACUGGAGCGUCUCGCUCGUCUCCUGCUGCGUCCCGACCCAGAUGAGAGGAUCCAUAUUGUGGAGGCUAAGCGCGGCCUGCAGAGCCUGCUUUGGGGGCCACGCCGAGAGCUCCUAGACCACGUCCCCUUUAACAACAAGAAGGACAAGGACCACGACACACUGUUGAACUGGCUGGAUGUGAAGCGUGCGCUGCUCAUGAUGAAGUUUGCCGAGCGCUCGCUGGAACCCGAGAAGAACACGGAGCUUGAGGACUGGCUCUGCUGUCAGUAUUUUUCCAACACACACCCACCAUCCCUGCUGCACACCGCCCAGAUGAUGCACAUGAUCAAACCCUUACACUGAUCACUUGUGCAUGUGAGUGUGCACUACAUUCAAGUGUUGUCCGCAUUCCUGUCUCCAUUCUUGCUGUUUUUUUUUUUGUUUUGUUUUUUAAACAGGUCAUGAAACAGUGAGACGUACAUGUGUCCGCUUUGAGCACAUUAUUGGCAGAUAAUUAUUUCAGCUCUCCUGACGAAUUUUUAAAGACAUCUUAAAAAUUUUCUCACUGCCACAGAGAGACUGCUUUACUCCUGUGUGUGUGUGUGUGUGUGUGUGUGUGUGUGUGUGUGUGUGUGUGUGUGUGUGUGAUUUCCACAUAUGUUGCUUAGUCAGCACAAAUGUCACAGUAAAGAUCCAGAGGGACGAAUAGCUGUGUGCUGAUAUUACAUUUUCUGUAUUACUGUUGUGAUCAGAGAUUUUAUGUGCAUUCCUUUACAUUUCAGCACGGACAUUACCUCAUACUGUCGUGUUACUGUACAAAUUGUUAGUUUAUUGCUAAGUCAUACCUCUGCUGUUGGAUACAGUCGUGCACCUAUCUAUCGGCUUUAAUAUAGAGAUUACGGUUAUACCGUUUUGGUUAUUAACAAUUAACCCCCAGAUUCUAAACGCUUUAUAUGCCCUUAAAAUGUGUAUAUUCGUGGACAAAGUGCACUGAUUGGCCGAUCACAGAGUAAAAAGCUUCAAUUCCUAUAACAUUUUUAACGUAACACUUGCAAUAACAUUGCAGGGAUAUCACCAAUAAUUACAGAUGUUGUCUAAAGGUGGUGUUUAUACACUUUGUUUUCGUGUGUUCAGACUAAAAAUUUUUAAAAAUGUAUAAAACUUGAUUAUUUCUAGAAAGAGUCAAUAUGAAACUGAAAUUUUACUCAUUUAUAAACGUGUACGGAAACUGUGCGAAGCAGGUGUUAGCGAGGAUCCGUCUGAUCACCGAAACGCUUGUUUGCUUGCUCGCCUGUAACUAGCCAGUGCGUGUACCGUUUGUUUUUACAGCCGGAAUUCCAUGUGAAAAUCACUGUAGUAAUGCUGUGAGGUUCUAAAUGAUGCUCUGACUAUUAUUACCUAUAAUUAACCUGCUGAAAAUUCCUCAAUAAACUGUAAAUAUCUUUUAAAAAA